AUGAGUGAGCCCACCUACUGUAAGUCAGUCCUUCUCCUCAACUUCGCCUGUGUUAACGAAAUUCCAUUGAGCACGCUCCACAUCAAGGACCCAUUCAGCAAACUCAGAGGUAAGACGCUUGCAUACGCAACAUGGAUCAGGCUGCUUUUCCCUAGAGAACUGUCUCUCGCAGGAAAGUUUGCGGCAGGGCAUGGGAAUAAUAGAACCCUGUACCGCAGGUGGCCUUGUCGUAAAUUCCAAAUGAGGUUUGGGCUAGUGUUAAAGUUAGGAUUGGGCCUAGGAGUGUUGAAGCUUGGGUUAAAAUUGGAACAGGGCAAUCGGUAUCCCUGGAAUUUAACACACGAACACCUGUAGCAGAGGGGGUGGGGCAGAACGUAUAACCGCAUCCAACCCAGGCUUAUCGGAGCACGGCAGAUUUCAGUGCUGGCUGUACGUGAGACGAAUGUUACAACGUUUUGCUGACCGUAAAUAUUCUAUGCAUCAAGAUGACAGCAUUUGCACCCAAGGGAAUCGACUUUAAUCGUCGUCGUCGUCGUCCUUCUCCUCCUCCUCCUCCUCCUCCUCCUCCUCCUACUACUACUACUACUACUACUACCACCACCACUACUACUCCCCUACGUCCUCCGGUGUCUAAUUGACCACUGCUAAACUGAAGCGCGACAAAAGAAGUGACAGAGCAUAUUUGGGGUUGGACAGGGCGGCAUCGUAGCAGUAAGUCCUGGAUGAAGGGGCAGAGGCAAGGGUAUAGAGAAGGACCGCACUUAACUGUCAGUAGACUGUGGAUAGUGUCAUAUGGGGUUUUAUCUUGGAAUACAUUUGCAGGCUGUUACAGAAAUUACACUGCCAACAACGAUUUUUUCUCACGACCUCACACCUUAACUCAAAGUCCGUUUAAUUAGUGCUCUCAUUUCCGUUGUCAUACAAUAGCGUAGAAUAAAACUCUCGGCAUAAGUUCAGGCAAUUUCUGUGUUUUCUUUCAUUUUGUCAGUUUACUGUCUAGCGUGCUGCCCCACCCUUAAAACUCCCUUUACAAUAAAUCACGUCGGGCACGAUCCACAGUCUACUGACAGUUAAGUGGGGUCCUUCUCUAUACCGUUGCCGGAGAUUCUGCUGCAUUCUGCACGACCCACUCGCAUCGUCGAGGAGGGUGGCCAACUGAAAUGAUCCCGGAGACGUCCUGAUUUACGUAGGCACAGAUCACGCCAUCUGGAAAGGAGUUAAAAGAUCGAAACAGAGUCUGAUUUCGCAACUACAGCAGCUUAAUUCCGUUGCAAGCGUAAAUAAAAUUUAAUUCUCCCAGUUAUAACAUAAUUUGACGGCUUCGUAACGGGGGAAAGUCGGUGUGGAUGCACCCUGGUCUGAAGCGCUGACAAUUACUGGAUUUCAGGCUCGUGAGGAGGCGAGGUCAAGAUAAUGAGUAUGCAAGAUGCUGCACAGAUCGACGCCUUGCCGUUUCGAAGAUGAAAUUGCAGCUCAAACCGUUCAGUUGGCUUCAAGGAUCCAGUGAAUUAAAUGCUGCAUUAUUGGAGGCGACUGAAAACAGACUGAAUGACAGCAACGGAUAAACACCAAAAUGAAUAAAAUGCAUAUUCUGGAGAAAAACGAGUUUGGGGCUGAGUGGUAGAAAACGCGGCUGGCAGCUGUGUCAUCGGUGAAAAGGCAUAUUUGACCUACAGUUAUGGAUAUCACUACUGAUCCAUUGAACUUGCAACAACAGACUCCGAUAACUAACCGUAGGGGGACUGCGCUGGAACAACAAGGGAGCCAGAUUGGGGCACGAUACACUUUUUUCGGACUGUACACCGGUGACAAAUGCAGCACAUGGGCUAGAGGGCGUAACGGCACGCCUAAGCGCAGGCUCGUGCCACGCUAGCCGCUUGUGUUCAACUCCAGCAUCAGAUAGCUGACCGGUUCAGGCAGUGAACUGAUGUCCCGGGAAGGAAAGAGUGAGUGUGGUUGACUCUCUCAGCACACAUUCAUCACUAUAACCCAAUCUGACACUCUUUAACCUACCACGGUGCGUUACAAGUGGUGGCUUGUAUGGCUACCAACGAAAGGGACAACCCGGUACUCCCUCCGCAGGAUGGAGAGUCGGGCUGCAAAGGCUCCUUCUUAUUGUGACGUUUUAUGGAAGUCCUACCCGGUGGGAUUCCGGUCGCCCCUUUCUUGUCUGUGCGAAAAUCUCGUCCAUCGCGUGAGGAUCAGGCGUGUGAUGCACGCGUAGACGGAUUGUCUAGCUUUGUCAGCCACUGCAUUCGGUCUCGCCUCCGGUCUUCUUGGCUCUGUCUUGACACUGGAUUCAGAUGGAUGAUGGAGAAGAGAGUGCGAUAGACGCUUUGCAAGUCACCGCCUCUACGGCACAUGGUGGACAUCGUCUUCGGCGACGGCCGAAAUGAUGAUCAAUCAAACUUAAGAUAAAAUAAAGUGAAUAAAAUUGUUUUAUUAAUUUCCCUCGAGGUAUUGUCAUAGCGAAUAAAAAUAAAGUUCCAAAUUAAUUUUAGAACAAGUAGACCGUUAAUGUACAGGGUUUAGUUCGUGCUUAUAGAGUAGGCGGUCUGAUUUGAAAAAUGACUAAGGAACAGUGAAAAAACUCAUUUUUUUCGUAAAAGAAAAAUGAAUGCGACUUGAUUAGUUUUUAGGGAGAAAAAACUGUCGCUCAUGGGAAGGUAAAUAUGCGGAUCGGGCAGGACCGUCCUUCAUUUGGUAGUGUAUAAGGGUUCGAAACGGACAUAGUCGAGGCGAGAUUCAAAAACUGGAUGAGGCUAUUCACUGCGGAUGCGGUCAUAUUAUUUUGCGCUGACAAGAGAAGCAACCGUCACGGUGGCGAGACGAGAGGAACCCAAACGCGAUCAGUCGCAGGCUGCUUAUAGUCCAUCCGAGGAGGGGACAUUAAGGGCUACAGUGGCCAUCAAAGUGUGGGAAGAUGAGACUAUGAUACUUUUGCUGAUCGACUAAAUAACUAGCAGAUGGCGAAAACAGUGGAUUCCGCCGUCAUCGUCAACAGAUCGCUUAGGAUCGAAAUGAGGAGAUGACAUCAAGAACCGUGAAAAUAGUCUGCCUAUGACUGGCAUACAAGAUGGGCUUGACCGUAACUUUCAGAGUUGCAGGAAUUGGUUGUGGGAGACUGAUGUAGGUAAAGACGCAAGCAAGGGCCUAACUUGUACCCGAUCAAAAACUGUAUCGAAAAGCGCCUACUUAGGUAGAUAUAGUAGACAGUUAUGGAUAUUAAACUUAUUCGGUUACAUAAUCUACUCUUACACCCCCUAGACCUACUCAUACCGUUACAUUCAGGAAGUCGCCCACAAAUGGGCCUUGCCAGCCCAUACUAUUUGUUCCGAGUUUGGUUUCACAUGCAACUGUAUCUCAUUCAGGAAUCCAUUUUCAUGAUCCGGUCAUCAAGUCCUUCACAAGACAUCGUUAAGGGUUGAGUUUUGUUAUUAAAAGCCAAAGGGCAGCAUCGACGCAAACAGUAAUGGUAGCCUAGGAGUCUGCUUGAGGCGAACAUAAAUUAAUGUUCUGAAUUAGGGAUAAUUAUUUGGCCUCCACCAGAGGCAGUUAACAUUUCGUAAAAAAUGCUUUAUAAUACAUAAUGAUAACAGUCUUAACAUUGGGUUGUUUUAGACUGAACGAGCCCCGAGCAAGCAGUGAGAAAAAAACUGUUCGAUUGAAAUUUGCGACCAGCCUUCAGGUAACAGCCAAAGUAUUAUUUGCAUUUCUGUAAACUACCGAACCUACGCACAAGUACUCAAUACCUGACUUAUACAGCAGAACCUAGGGUAUCCACAGCCAGUGUCCAAGGCCUCCUAUUCAAGCUGGACACCAAAAACGACGCGGACAUGCUGUUGGACAUGAACUUUUUUGCCUGUGGUUGCUCUAACUUCAGGCAGAACUUUGAUAAAAGAAACUGGGGAUAAGCAGGAAAGGUGUCACGAAUACGCACUUGCAUGCAGUCGAGACAGACACGACAGUGUGACCAUCGCUAAGGGCGAUGUCGGUCGUAUGCCCCACAGCAUGGUGGACGCAGGAAAAAACGCGCUGUAGCGAGUCCGAAUGAAGGAUGCAAAAACUACGGCAUCUCCGGGACCAGUUAACAAAGAACGGCUACCGAAAUAGUUUCAUCAGCCACUGCAUACGCACGCACCCACGACGGACAAACGGAAGAGAGACACCAGCAAUUUGGCACUUCCUACCGUACAUAAAGAAUGUGUUCGAGGAUGCAGAACGCACUGAGUCAGAGUUAGGCGUGGGCAUCGCUCAUCAUCCGGCAGCUACCAUGAGUAGCUGGAUAAUGAAAAUGAAGGAUCGGCUGGACGCUGGCGAGCGGUCGGGCGUAGUCUAUGAAAUACCGUGCCAUAACUGUCCUUGCCACUACACAGGCUAAACAGGACGACGUCUCAGCUCACGAAUACUGGAGCACAAACGGGCCGUUCGAAGAGGCGACCCAAUAUCUCAAGUCCCCGCUCACACGCUGGAGGGAGACCAUGAGUUUGACUUCACGAAAACGCGGAUACUGGCGCCAGCCGGCAAGAAGACGGGGCGAGAACUGUUGGAGGCCUGGGUGUCGGACACCAACUCUAUCACUCGACACAUUGAUUUGCCUGCGUGUUAUCACGCACUCCGCCCACGCAGCCAGACGGCGCAGCUCAAAUCGCCGCAAAAUACAAACGGCGUCACCACGCCGGGGGACCAUUGUGGGCCAGGCAGCACAAACCAGACCUAGCCACGGACGUAGUCCCCACCCCCUCACGGUACAACGAUAUAAAUGUUCACACCUUGCUGCACUCUAGCAGUCUCUGAUGAUGAACUCCAGUUCGAGUUCGAAAGCUAAGGCCGAUAAAGCUACCAUCCCAGUGAUCGUGCCAUCGUCUUCUUUUGAACUAGUCUAUUGUGGGACCUAUAGGUUACAGUGAUAAGAGACGUACUCUUCCUCCACAUACUGAGCUCGGUGGCAAGACGAAGACAGGACGAUUGGAGAUGGGAUCGGGGGCGGUGGGUGACAAAACUACCUAGCCCGUCUACGCGUCCCACACACACGACGUGGUCUCGUCAGACGUGCAUCAGAUUUUCACUAAAAGAAAAGGGGCCGCCUGGAUGCCGUCCAACCAUGAAUGCCAUAGAGGGCGCAUUCGGAGGAUGUUAUUGAGUCCGACCUUCCUUCCUGGGAGGCCCAAGUUACCCAGUCAGCUGAGAGCCUUCGAAGCCACGAUUUUUGGCCCACUGUGACAAGUUCGAAGCGCGUUAUAUUAUUUGCAAUAAUGAAAUGCACUAAAAUGUCAUGAGGACGGACCCCCCCAGAGUCAGCCUCAUUUUCUGUCCCUUUCCUAUCUCAUGCACCAUGUCGCCACCCCGGCGGAACAGCAUCUGAUGCUGAGUUUGGACUCAAGCGGCUGGCGCGACGUGAGGCCCGCGCCUAGGCGCGCUACCAAGCAUCCCAUUAAGUGGCAUCGUAAUAGGAUGCUCAGACCCUACACAGCCUCUGCGCAUCCCUAUAAACACGCGUUGUGCGCUGGUCUGACCCUCAUAUCGAUCCAGCGGCGCUAUAGUGCAGCCCGUUAUGGAUGGAGACUCAGACAGCGUACUGAAGCCGGCAAGGCAACUAAACACAGAAGAACAAUAUCCCCGACAAUCAGCUCCCCUGAAGAACAGGAGAGCACUUUGCGCAUGUUAUCCUGAAUCAGUGAACGUCAGGGUUGGAAGACUGUAAGUGACGACGUCGCCGCUGGAGUUGACAGACAGUAGGGACAAUGCGGGGACACCCCGAAGAUCUCUCUCAAUCUUUUCAGAUUCAGAGACUUACGAAUGUCUAUUGUAUGACUGAGAAGCUCAACAUACCGUCGUAAGGGAUGGAACAACAACCUUUGUGGCAAAAGCGGAGCGUCAUCUAUGCAAGACGAAGCGAUUUUAAUAAAGUUCAAUCCGGAUGACAUGCUUGAACUGUCAAAUGACGUUCACGCCGGAGAAUGGCCUGGUUAAAGAUGAUGAAAGGAGAGGGAAGGGCAACCAGCUGGUCCCCCUUGGUGUUCUGCUCUAUCACAAAGACUGCAGUAGUUUAGGCGCCAAACUGCGCAAGAAAUUAAAAAGUGCGACACAAAGACUUAGCCUCGACAGCAACCACAAAAUUAGCCACACACGAAGUUGCGUGAGCGAUGCUUUAUUGGGGGGAGACUGAGACGCAAUGGUGCUGGGCGACAAUAAAUCCGAAACCAAAGGCAACUUUCAAUAUCAGUCUAUUCAAGGACAAAGCCGGAGGAAAAAAUCUCACUGAACUUACGUUCUGGUUCUCUGGUCCGCGAAACGCGAUGAUUUCAACCCUCCCUACCCAUCACUACAACUGCUUAUGAAAAAAACGUAUUCGCGCGAGUGCACACGAAUGAAUACUAUUUCGGGUGGCGAUAUUGAUGGGCAAAAUGGCUGAGUAAUUAUUGUGUCCUUAGCCAACACCAGUGAUGAAAUCGCAACCAAUAACGACUCGGAUAUGGAAGACCAAGAAAAAUCAACUAUAAAUGCAGGAGUUGUUAAUUAUAGUGGGUAUGUAGUUGUGUGAAGUCCGCACCCUGCUGGGUCUGCGUCUGUUGCGCCCUUCGUUGGUGGGUCUUGGAGAGCACCCGAUACGCCAGAAGAGCAAAAUUCUUGUUCCAGCGAUCAGGUCUACGUCUUCUCCGGUUAGAAAUUUUCAGUUCUAUCCCUGUGUUGGCACGGUCAACCGAAAUCCUACUACUACUACUACUACUACUACUACUACUACUACUACUACUACUACUACUACUACUACUACUACUACUACUACUACUACUACUACUACUACUACUACUACUACUACUACUACUACUACUACUACUACUACUACUACUACUACUACUACUACUACUAA